UUUCAGUUUCAUACUAACUGGAAAAGUUUGUCCCUGCUGGUGUGACCACAGCAACGAAGCCCAGAUUUAGCCACCUCUUGUCCCUACCUAAGAAUUUUAAAGACCUUCUCUCAUUCUAUCCUGGGACGGAAGCGCGAUAGCCAAAAGAAGUUUUGAGGGAAAUCCCUAUUGAUGAUAGCUUCCAUUGAACCUAAUACUACGAGUUCAACUAUGGAGAAUGACGCUAAGAGAAAAAGUGAGAGACAAAUGAAGGUGUCAGCUAAUCAGAUGGAAAAAAACAUAUGUGAAGAUCCCAUAACCAGUGAGGGACUAUUGGAAUUGAGAAGAAUUUUGAAAGUGAUUUCAGCAGUCCCCAGAGCUUUGAAUCCUCACAUCAAGGAAUUUAUACAUACAGCUUUGUCCUUGCAAGUGGUGCAGAGUGAGGAUGGUGCAGCUGACAGUCUCAAAGGAGUGCCAGCAGUUCCCAGUCUAUCUUUGGAGGUAUUGAUCACACAGCUGGAUAUGACACUUGAGAAAAUUCGAGCUGCUAAUUGUAAUGGGCAUCAGUUAAAUAUGGAUUAUUAUCUGACAUUACUGUUUAUAUAUGGAUUAGCACUCAUUGAAAAGGGGACAAAGCAGGAUUAUUCUGAAGCUAGAAGUAAAUUCAUGACAAUGAAAAUGGAAAUUCAGAAGAAAGAAGAUUGUAGAAAUUUUUUAUCUUUAGUUUAUUUUGGAUGUGGUUUACUACUAGGUUCUCAAAAAAGAUAUAAUGGAGGAUUACUGGAGUUUCAAAAAAGCAAGCAAGAAAUAAAAGAUAAUAAUGAAAACUGGUAUGAUAUAGACCAUAGAAAAGAUGAAGAUUUACCUGAAACAUUUCAGGAUCUUCUUGAUGACUAUAUUAAAAAAUAUGAAAAUCUUAUAGAAAAGGGGACUAUCUGCAGUUCUCCAGACUGUGAGCGGUCUUGUGAGACAGAUAUUUUAAAGAAAUCUAAAUAUAAGGGUUUUGUUCAUCUCAUUUGUAGUGAAAACUGCAGUAUCUACUUCCAUAAAAUUUGUUGGGAAAAGUUCAAGAAUAUAAACCAUUCUGGGAAAAGUGAUGAGAGUUUUAGUGAAAAAACAUGUUUGAAAAAAGGAUGUAUUGGUAACAUUGUAAAGAUGCAAAAAUGUGAAGGACCUGGAGUCUUUAAUAUUCUGUUUGACGUUUUGAAAAAGGAUGAAUGUAUACAAAGCUGUUCUAAACAAUUCAAGACUCUUCCGGUCACUGAAACUACAAAAAUGCAGAAGUUAAAUUUAAAAGGUUGUAAUCUAGAAGAGAUCUUUCAGGAUGAGAUACUAGAACAGAAUGCAUCUCCAGUAGACUCUAUUAAAGAUAUGAAAUCAGACCCAGAAGAACUGCCGGCAGAAAUUCCUAAAGAUGAAAAAUCAGCACCCAGCGAAUCUUCUAUAGAAUCUAUUAAAGAUGUCCAUGAGAGUGCUCAAGUUAAUAAUAAAUUAAAGAAGAAGAAAAAGAAUAAGACUAAGAAGAAUAAAGAGCUGAAUAAAGAGCAUAGUCCAAAUGUCCUAAGAAAGGAGGAACAGGUAGAAAAAGUUCAAGAUUUAAAUCCAUAUCUGAGUAAUGGACCAGAUAAAAAGAACCCAUGUGAUCUCCAGUGUGAUCCUGCCUCUGAGUCCUGUAGCCCAGCUCAGGCAGGCACCCCAGACUUCUCAGACCAGGGCACAAGGAACAAACCAACCACAAAACAUAUAAAAAGUCAAGAGGAAACCGGGGAGCAGCAGCAGCAGCAGCUCUGGGAAGCACGGAGGCAAUGUGCAGACUUCAAAAAACAGUUGGAAGCCAUGGUUCUCCAGUGGCAACAGAAGCAAGUACAGAUUAAAGAGAAAGAUAAAAUCAUUGCUGGUCUUAACCAACAAGUUUCUUCUGGAAACCACAAGGUUUCCAAAUUACAGCAGGAAAUCCAGGUUAAAGAUUCUGAAAUCAGGAAGCUUAAAGAGAAACUUGCUUCAGAAAGAUCUCAGUGGGAAAGGGAGAAGAAUAAGCUGGAAGCCAAAGCUAAAAAGUGCCUGAGCAAGCUGAAUGGAGAGACCAAUAGAGCUAUAACGGCAGAGGUGUGGUUCCUGCAGAGCCGAAGAGAUUUUGGCCUUCAUCAGCUGGAACAGACUGAGAGGGAGUGCCUGUUUCAGUUUAUCCGUGCAACCACUAUGGCAUCAAGCCAUCCAGAAUCACUUCAGCUAAAAGCAGCUGUAGAAAGUUGGGAUACCAUUGUGGCAGAUGUCAGGAACAAAAUUGCGUUCAGCAGGACCCAAUACAAUGAACAAAUUGCUCUGGUGAAGAAUGGUUAUCCUCUGAAUUGCUUGCCUCCAGUACAGAUUCCUCCACCACCACCCAGUCCUGAUAUAUUGAUGCAGCAUUUCUUGGAAAAGCAAAUCAUGAAAGAGAAUUCCUUGAGAGCUAUUCCCAGUUCUCCUCAGCUUGCUUCAUCAUACUGUGGAGUUGGUUCUACUGCUAGCCUGGCUAGACCACCUUUGGUGACAGGUAUGGCCCAACCUUUACAAGUGUCUGUUUUGGAGAAUGGAAUUUCUGAGGCGGUCAUAGGAAAUGAGCGCAUCAAGAUCAGCUGGGAGAGGAUUAUGGAUAAGCUGAAAACUGCCUUUCCAGAAUAUAGCAGGAAGGAGCUCACAGACCUUUUACGAAAGCUGAAGGAUGCCAAUGGUAGAUCCUUGACGGGGCUGACAUUUGAUGAAAUAGUUCGUAGAGUUUCCCAAAUGAUUGAACCUAAAAGAUCCCAGAACCAAGUACAAGGAGUGCAGAGUGCUGAUUCUGUUCCUCCUAGCCACCCUCAGCCUAAACCCAGCAUUGACCAACCCCCACGCUCUGCCUGGAGACCCCUCAACCCACAGGUCCCUGUGGCGUGGGAAGGGACCAAAAAUUUGGUUGAUGAAGAAGAGCCUUGUGUGAUCUGCCAUGAUAACCUCACUUCAGAAAACCUUUCUGUGCUGGCUUGUGCUCAUAAAUUUCAUUCUCAGUGCAUUAAACCCUGGCUGAAACAACAGGGGACAUGUCCUACGUGCAGACUGUAUGUUGUGCUGCCAGAAGAAUUCCCUGGUCUUCCCAGCCGACACAUACCCAAAAUCUGAUGCAAGGGGAUGGAUGAUGUCAAAUGAGAUCAGCUUCUGUACUCCAGAAUUCUGCUUUGCCUUAUUGUCUGAAAUUUGAGGUGGUAUGAAGUAAUGCACACAGCUGUUCUAUAACAGAGGAACUAGCUAACCAAAGUGAUAAAUCUUCAAAAUUUGCAGUGUGCAUUCAUAAUAUGUAGACAAAAUUUGAUUUUAAAAAUUGGUAUCUUUAUACUUUUCCUUUCCUCAGUAGGCAUGGCUUUCUACUCCAAGUGCAACAAUUAAUAACUUGCUAGCCUUUCAAAGUCCUGUUGUCUUUUGUUUUCCUUCCAGUUACAGCCUUCUUCUACUUAAAUGGAGCAGAGAGACUUGUGCAAGAGAUAAAGAUGAGCAAUGAAGAAGUGGGCACAAGUUGUGAAUGAAAGAAAUCCACAGUUUAUCCAAAAAAGUCUCAAUUUCCAUUAGCUUUGAUCUCUAAGGUUAUUAGCAUGUAAACAAGAAGCAUAAUUUAAUUGUUUGAGUUUUUGCUUUUCCACCUUGCUUCAUCUUCCAAGGAAGAUAACUCUUAAAUUAAUUGGCACCAAAAAUCAAAAUAAAAAGGAGUAAGACUGUAUUUAAAGGUUCCACCACCUCAUCACCCUCUAAUACCUUAAACCUUGGGAACCUGCUUUUUUGUGCCAACCCUGCUCUCUUGAAGGCCACCAGUGUUCUUAUUAUCAAAUCCUUUGCAAUAAUCUUUGAACUUUCUGCAACAUUUGACACUAUUUACCAACUCCUUCCUCAUUUGGCUUCCAUGACACUAGUUUUCCAACCUUUCUCCAUCUAUUCGUUAACUCUUUCAUUCAACAGUUUUUCUUUUUGCACCUGCUGUGUGCAGGUGCAAACAUUUUGCCAGGUUCUAGGAGAGAUUAAAAAAAUGGUUUAGAAAAGAGACUGUCCCUUCUUUCGUAGUGCUUAUAGUUUAUUUGGAGGUUAAGACACAAGCACAGAUAAUUAUGAUACAAAAUAUUAUAAAAGUGUACUACAAAGUUUUAGAUUAAAAUGAUCUUUUUCUCCUCCUCUCCCUCACCCCCAUAGGGAUUUCCUUCAGGUUUUUCUCUUUACCUCCUUCUCUUGCUACACUCUUGCCCUGGUUAACCUAAUCCACUCUUGCAAAAAUUUACUUCUAUGUGCAUGACUUAAAUCUGUGGCUUCCUCCAACCCUCAUCUUUCUCCUAAACCCCAUUUCUAUGUUAACAACUGUCAUCUGGUCAUCAGCUUGUCCCAUUAGCUCUUCAAAUUCCACAACAAAAACUCAUUUUAAACCCCACAUCAGAUCAUUUUCCUGAUUGAUGUUUCCAUUAAUGGGCCCACCAUUCUCCCUGGCCUUCCGUCUUCCCUCUUUCUCUUCCCACAUGUAAUCAGUUACCAGGCUAUCGAUUUUAUAUUCACAAUAUCUCUUCACUCCACCCCCUUUCUGUUGCCACUGCCGCUUCCCAGUUCAUGUCCCUGUUAUCCCUUGCUUGAACUACUGUCAUUGCCUCCUAACUGCUUCUGGCUAGACCCGACGACUCCCUCACUGUUCAUUGAGCAUUCCUUGUGCUUCUCACUCCUUAUACUUCUGCUCGCGUUAUUCCCUUCACCUGAAAUAUCCUACAACCAGGCACAGUGUCUGCCUUGCCAAGUUUUUCCUAUUCUUCAAGUCCUAGUUCCAAUGCCAACCCCUUCAUGAAGCCUUCCCUGACCCUCUUCCCAGUCAGUUGUGAUUUCUUCCAUAUCUGAACCCCCAUAAUAUGUUUUUAUUAUUUUAUUAUUGUGCUUCUACUUUGUAUUAUAUUUAUAAACUUUUCCUAUGCCUGCUAAGACUGUAAAUUGAAGCCCUGGGACAGGCAUUGUUUCCUUCCUGGGGGUGUGCAUUCCUUCCUGCUGGAGUAGGGAGACUAAAUCCCUAACCCUUGUCGUUGUCCUCUACUGACUUGUUCCCCGUGGAGGUUGGGGCGCUAAGGGUGAGGGAGUAGGGGACACUGAAGCAGAAGGAGAUAGAUUCCCCCCUUUUCUCCCAUGGCUCCUCAAAUAGGGCUAUCUCUACUAGGCCCACUUUUCUUCUCCUGUUUGAGAUCUUUUCCCCUUCCAACAUUCCGUAUUCAGUUCAACACUAACUCUCCCUAGUCCCUCUUCUCCUCUGCCCUUUAGAACCACUGUUGUUAACUAAUUCUUUCAUUCCAGUCUUCUCACAUUCCUUCCCUUCUGAAGACUUCAUCUCUCUUGGCACCCUCUCCAAUGUUGGCUUCUUCUCCAAUAUUCCCUGUUGCACAGGGCCAGGAGGAAUUGGUAAAUUUCUUGCUCUCCACUGCCACUUUCAGAAUCCUCUGUUGGCCAUCUCACGCAGGACCUAGCUCCUCUUCCACUUCAUGUUGUCCAGGUCGUGGGUGUUGUUAUUGCCGUUGCUGCUUGUUUGUUGUCACUCUAGGUCAGUAUGCCUCCUCUACAGUGUGUUCAGUGUGUGGUUUAUAGCUUUCCCUGCCCCAAAUCAUAGCUUUCCAGCUCCCUAACUUCCUCAACUCCCAUGACCUCUGUUCAACCACAGUUAGGAAUGGUCCAACUCUAUACCACUCUGCUCCAUCUAAAUUCAUCUUAGAUGCUGGGAUUUCUAGUUGCAGUCCAGGUCUGUGACAACAGCAGGCAUGUUUUCUUCCAUUUUCUCAUCAGCUACAGUACCUAGAAUGGGGCCUUUCAUGAAAAUAGGAGCUUCACAAAUAGGUACUGACAAUUGAAUAAGAUGGAGGAAGGGAGAGUUAAGGGAAGCAGGGCUUGAACCACAAAAUAGAGAAUUGCUGAAUAAUUGAUAGGCCUUCACUUGUAGACCUGAGUCUCCCCCAAGUACUUAAAAAAAUCUCCAUUUUCAACCAUUUGACCUUAGCCAGAGAACUUACUGAUUGUAUGUAUGUUUUGUAUUGUAUGGGUACACUCUUACAUGAAUGUAUGGGCUAAGCCCUAUCACCCAAAUCUUAGCACUGAGAACUGUUAUAACUGUAACUGAGACUCAGUUAUUAUUAAAGUCAAGAUGGUGUUAUGUAAGUACUGUUCCUUUGUACCAGCUCCAGAAUUAGAAGAAUUCAAUUGCUCUGUGUGAUGAAUGUUUGUCAGACCAUGGUCAAGGUCUUGGGUUCACUUACCUAUGGACCUUAAGUCAACAAUUUCCCCUAUCUGCUUUAGAUUAAAUGUGUCGUUAAACUUUUAAA